AUGGCGGAGUCGAAGAUGGUACAUUCCCCAUUGGUUACAUUCGUAUCAAUGCUCUCACUUCUAACGCUCUGCCCUCCUUUCGUUAUUCUACUAUGGUAUACGAUGGUCCAUGCUGAUGGGUCUAUAUUGGAGACAUGUAAUUAUCUAAGGCAGCAUGGGCUACAGGGAUUUAUUGAUAUUUGGCCAAAACCCACUGCAAUUGCAUGGAAAAUAAUUUUCUGUUAUGGAGCAUUCGAGGCUGCCCUUCAGCUUUUGUUACCAGGCAAAAGGGUUGAAGGACCAAUAUCUCCUUCAGGAAAUAGGCCUGUCUACAAGGCAAAUGGUUUGGCAGCAUAUAUGGUAACAUUAAUCACAUAUCUUGGUCUUUGGUGGUUUGGGAUAUUCAACCCAACGAUUGUCUAUGAUCAUUUGGGAGAAAUAUUUUCAGCACUCAUUUUUGGAAGCUUCAUCUUCUGUAUUUUCUUAUACAUAAAGGGUCAUGUGGCACCAUCUUCAACUGAUUCUGGUUCAUGUGGAAAUGUAAUAGUCGAUUUCUACUGGGGUAUGGAGCUGUAUCCUCGCAUUGGCAAGAACUUUGAUAUCAAAGUUUUCACAAACUGCAGAUUUGGGAUGAUGUCUUGGGCAGUUCUUGCUGUGACCUAUUGCAUAAAGCAGUAUGAAGCACAAGGGAGAGUGGCUGAUUCUAUACUUGUAAAUACUAUAUUGAUGCUGGUGUAUGUCUCAAAAUUCUUUUGGUGGGAAGCUGGAUACUGGAACACGAUGGAUAUUGCACAUGAUCGAGCUGGCUUUUAUAUUUGUUGGGGAUGCUUGGUAUGGGUUCCAUCUGUGUAUACUUCUCCUGGCAUGUACCUAGUCAAUCAUCCUGUGAAUCUGGGAACUCAGCUCGCAAUAUAUAUUCUUGUAGCAGGCAUUCUAUGCAUAUACAUCAACUAUGAUUGUGACAGGCAAAGGCAAGAAUUUCGCAGAACAAAUGGGAAGUGCGUGGUUUGGGGGAAAGCUCCAUCAAAGAUUGUUGCCUCAUACACUACAACAUCGGGUGAGACGAAGACCAGCCUUCUCCUAACCUCGGGAUGGUGAGUUAUUUUUAUAUUGCAUUUUGCUAAUAGAACCUAGGAACAUUACUAAAAGAGUUGUUUAGGAUAGAUUGAGGUAAGUUCAGCAGGUCCUAGUUCAUCGAACAAAUUUAGUGAACUCGCAGAUCAUGCAUAUCAAAAUGGUCAGAACUUUCAUGGAAGUUGAGAAUUUCAUUUAGGGGUCGUUUGGUAACGUUUUUGUUUUUGCGUCUUCAAAAAACCAAAAACAAAGAAAAAAAAUUGUCUCUGUUUUGUGGUAAACACUGAAACAGAAAACAUGUUUGGUAGUCAUUUUUGUCUAUCAAAUUAUGAGAAUAAAAACAGAAAACAUAUUUGGUAACUACCUCAAGUUUUAUCCUAAAUAUGUUUUAUAAUAUCUCAUUUUUUGUUUUCAAACAAAUCAACACUUUAUUUCAUGAAAAGUGAUUUACAACUAUGUAUUACAAAGGAGUUACAAGAAGCAAAAGAAUUCAAAACUUCUAAUUAUAAAGGAGUUGGCUUUAAUCCUUCAAAAAUGAUUAAAACCAAAAACUAAUCAAAACAGUCCAGCUGCCAGCUAUCCAAAUCCAUGGCCCAAGGAACCAUAACCUGCCUGCUUGUAGGGAAAUUUUGGUUACAGUCAUUCAAAAUAAAAGCCAUAAGCUCUUGUAGGGGUAAGCCAACUUAGUCUAAUGAAAGCAAACUGUGCAUUGCAGCGGCUGCCACCC